AUGGAGAAUCAAAAUCAAGAAAACUCUCCAAAUGAGGAGAUAACAACAGAAUCACAACAACAUACAAUCAAUACAAAUGUUAGUCAAGAGGAAUUAGAAAAUGAGAUUAAAAGAAGUGAAGAAUCAAUUAAAGUCACAGAAGUAACAACAACAGAAGGUCUUAAACCUACAGAUACAAGAGAAUAUAUUAAUAAAAAUGGAAUUUGUAGACAUAGAGAUAAUUGUGCAAUUUCAACAUUAAAAACUAUUAUUAGAGGUUUUGCAAUUGGUUAUGGUUUAAGAGCUGGUAUUGCCCUCUUAACUGGUUUAAUUUUAAGAAAAUUAUAUAGAAAUCCAAGAAAAUUAAUUAAUCAAUCAAUUUUACAUAAAGAUCCAAUUGGAUUUGGAUUAUUUUUAGGAUUUUAUACAGGUGGAUUUAAAGGAAUUAAUUGUUUAUUAAGAGCAAUUAGAGGAAAAGAAGAUGGUUUAAAUAGUAUUGUUGCAGGUUUUAUUGCAGGCUCUGCUAUGAUGUUUUCAAAGAGUACAGAAAUGGCACUUUAUUUAUUCGCAAGAGCUUUAGAAUCACUUUUUAAUGCCGCUGUUAAAAGAGGUUAUCUUAAAUCAUAUAAACAUGGUGAUUCAGUUUUAUUCUGUUUAUGUACUACAAUUUUAUUCCAUGGUUUCGUUUGGGAACCAACAGCAGUUCGUCCAAGUUAUAUGAAAUUCAUUUCAAAGGUUGCUGGUAAAAAUAGAGAUAUUGGUGCUAUCACCUCUGUCAUUAGAGAUAUGUACUAUCAACAACAAAAAAAAUAA